AUGCAGCGCGGUGCGCUGUCCCCGGUGCUGAUGCUCAGCGCUGCCCCGGAGCCUCCGCCGCGCCCGCCUCCCGCCCUCUCCCCGCCGGGCCCGGGCCCCCGCCAUGGGUCAGCUCGGCCCGGUCCUGCCGCAGAGCCGUCGGCGGGCCUGGGCGCGGCGCUCGACAGCAGCCUGCGGGCUGCCGUGGCGUUCAAGGCUGAGGGCCAGCGCUGUUACCGAGAGAAGAAGUUCCGGGAAGCCAUCGGCAAGUAUCACCGGGCACUGCUGCAACUGAAGGCGGCGCAGGGGGCCCGCCCUGGAGGCCUGCCCGCCCCCGCCUCGGGGCCCGCCACCAGCCCGGGGCCGGCCCGCCUCAGCGAGGAGCAGCAGCGACUGGUGGAGAACACGGAGGUGGAAUGUUAUGACUGCCUCACGGCCUGCCUGUUGCAGUCGGAGCUGGUGAACUAUGAGCGGGUGCGCGAGUACUGCCUCAAGGUGCUGGAGAAGCAACAGGGGAACUUCAAGGCCACCUACCGGGCUGGUAUUGCCUUCUACCACCUGGGCGACUAUGCUCGCGCCUUGCGCUAUCUGCAGGAGGCCCGAAGCCGGGAGCCCACAGACACCAACGUCCUUCGAUACAUCCAGUUGACUCAGCUGAAGAUGAGCCGGUGCAGUCUCCAGCGGGAAGACAGUGGGGCCCGGCCUCGGAACAUCGUCGGCUGAAGCCCACCCCGGGGACCUGUCCCUCCCCCCGCCCUCCCCCACCUCACCGUGUAACUUCCCUGA